GAAAAGCGUUUCAGUUUAUGUUUUACCGUGGAAGUGUUUGGUCUCGUUGCUCGGCAUUUGGCGUGUUUUAUUUCCAUCACUCUUGUCAAACAUCCACAGUAUUUGCUUUUCCACCGAAGAGGAGGAGAGAUAUGUAACAAAUUUCAACCAAGUUGGCAAAGUUGUUUUGAAUCUUUUUGCGGGGCGAAAAUUUGUAUGCUGUGCAAACAAUUCUUUGUGAUAUAUAUGCAUUAAAAUAAUAAUAAUAAUUCUGCUUUGCUGCCCUCACCGCAAGUGAUCCGAAAAGUGCUUUGUUUAUUUCUCGAAAUUCGAAGGAAGUGUUUUUGGGAAGCCUUUUGAUACAGCGCUUCCAAUUAGCCUGUAACCGAGACGAGUGUGAACGCGAAGAGAAAGAAAGCAGGCAAAAGAGCCGAAAAGCAGUGUUUUUUUUCGGAAUUGUGUGUGCAAACGUGGGUGACACAAAUUCCACGGAUCUUCGCCCGGAAAGUUGAAAGAAGGAAACAGAAGAAAGUGUAAUUCCGCGCCGCGAUUGUGAGGAAUAGUGGCUGCUGCUGCAUUGGUUUAAGUUGAGGCGAACAGCGCCGCGAGUGUAGCUUUCCAGUCACAGAACUUCGCCAGACCAGAAGAAUUCGAGGGAAUUUAUAAAUCGCCGCAAAUUUUGAUCCCGCAAACAGAGCGCGAUCGGUUGGAAAAGAAAUUAGUGUUGCGCCGAGACGAGCCGUGUGGAGGAGAUAACAAAAAUGGCUUCCAUCCGAGGUGCCGCUGCCGCCGGAGCGAAGAGUCUAUCGACGGAGGAACGAGCCGAGAUGAGGGAAAAGUUUGAAGAAAUUGACACCAACAAGGACGGCUUCAUCGAGCUGAAGGAGCUUAAGGAUGCACUGGAUCAGGUCGGGUUCAAACUUCCCGGCUACCAGGUCCGGCUGAUGAUUGACGAGUACAGCAACAAGCAGCGCUCGCAGCAUGUCGGCAAGCUAUCGUACGACGAGUUCGAGGUGCUCUGCAUGGAUCUCAAGGCGAAAGAUGUGGCCAGCACCUUCAAGGCGGUGGUGUCGAAGAAGGAAAAUCUGGAAACGCUCGGUGGCAUGUCGGACUCAUCCGCCGCUGGAACGACACAUUCCGUCCGCAUCGAGGAACAAUUGGCCUUCAGCGAUUGGAUCAACUCCAAUCUGGGAUACGACAAAGACCUGAAACAUCUGUUGCCACUGGAUUCGGAGGGAAAGCAGCUGUACGACAAGAUCAAGGACGGCAUCCUGCUGUGCAAAAUUAUUAACCACUCUUGCCCGGACACAAUCGACGAGAGGGCGAUCAACAAGAAAAAUCUGACCGUUUACACCAAAUUCGAAAACUUGACGCUGGCUCUGGUGUCCUCACAGGCCAUCGGUUGCAACAUUGUCAACAUCGACGCGCACGACUUGGCCAAGGGCAAGCCCCAUCUCGUGCUAGGUCUGCUCUGGCAGAUCAUUCGCAUCGGCUUGUUCAGUCACAUCACACUCGACAGCUGCCCGGGAUUGGCCACACUGCUCUCCGAUGGCGAGCGGCUGGAGGAUCUGAUGAAACUUUCCCCCGAGGCGAUCCUGCUGCGGUGGGUCAAUCACCACCUGGAGCGAGCCGGAAUCGCUCGCCGCUGCACAAACUUCCAAAGUGACAUCUCCGACUCGGAGGUCUACUCGUACCUGCUGAACCAGAUCGCCCCCAAGGAUGCGGGCGUGUCGCUGGAAGCGCUGCGGGAACCAAACGCCUUAAAUCGUGCCGAGAUAAUGCUGCAGCAGGCGGCGAAGCUCAACUGCCGUUCCUUCGUGACCCCACAGGACGUGAUCAACGGAGUGUACAAGCUCAAUCUUGCCUUUGUUGCCAAUCUGUUCAACAACCACCCCGGCCUAGAUCAGCCGGACGAGAUCGAGGGACUCGAAGCGAUCGAAGAAACACGCGAGGAAAAGACAUAUCGUAACUGGAUGAACUCGAUGGGCGUCAAACCGCACGUCAAUUGGCUCUACUCGGACCUGGCCGAUGGCCUGAUCAUCUUCCAGCUGUUCGACAUCAUCCAGCCGGGCAUCGUGAGCUGGAAAAAAGUUCACCAGAAGUUUACGCCGUUGCGUAAGUUCAUGGAAAAGCUGGAGAACUGCAACUACGCCGUCGAUCUGGGCAAGCAGCUGAAAUUCUCACUCGUCGGUAUCGCCGGACAGGAUCUGAACGAUGGAAAUGCCACUCUCACGCUUGCUCUAAUCUGGCAGCUGAUGCGCGCGUACACGCUGUCAAUUCUCUCGCGGCUGGCCAACACCGGUAACCCAAUCAUCGAACGGGAAAUCGUGCAGUGGGUCAACUCGAAGCUGCAGAGCGCGGGCAAGGGUACGAGCCUGAAGAGCUUCCAGGAUGGCACCAUCUCGGACGGGAAAGUUGUGAUUGAUUUGAUCGACUCUAUCAAGCCGGGCAGCAUCAACUAUGACAACGUGAAGGAGGGCAGCACCGCAGAGGAAAAGCUCGAGAACGCCAAGUACGCGGUUUCGAUGGCGCGCAAGAUCGGUGCCCGCGUGUACGCCCUGCCCGAGGACAUUGCCGAGGUGAAGCCCAAGAUGAUAAUGACCGUAUUCGCGUGCCUCAUGGCGAUGGACUACGUGCCCAACAUGGACAGUGUGCAGAAGAACGGCACGAGCACCACCACCACGACGGCGGCAGUCGAGCCAGUGGCGGCCAUUAAGGUGACUCCCACCAAGGUGGAACUGGUGGAAGAGCCAGCAGCAGUGAACGGAAAUGGUACCAUCCCCUCCGCUGCCGCCACACCCACCGUCAACGGAAACGGUGCGAUCGAUGAAGCGACGACAACGGUGGAUGAAUUCGCCGAGUAGAGAAGCCAGCUUCUUUGGUAUCAUUUUGGGAUCACAAAUAGUCAACUGAGUAGUAACGAAGGUCGAUUUAGGGGUGUAGUUAGGACAGAUUUAUAUAGUUUUUAUUUUUAAUGGUAUAUUUUGUAUAUCAUAUCUUUUCAUGAAGCGUUUUUUUCCUUGUUUGGUAAAUCGAUUCAGUCAUCGACACUGAGAGAGAAAGUGUGGCAAAACACACAGAAAAAAUCGAAGUGGUUUGCGUUAUAUGAGGAGGUUUUUGUUUCUUUUUUCUUCAAAUAUUCAAGCCCCAAGCCUUUCUUGUCAUGUAUUGGUGUCGCAAGUAAGUUAUAAUUGUAUUAUAUUAUUUUUAUUCUUUAGUGUAAUAUAAGCAUUUAACGAUUUAACAAAGAGUAAACCAAGCAAAUAUCAUUAACAAACGUGAAACAGAAGAAAAGGGUUUAAUUUAGCGAAAACAAAUAUAUACAUAUAAAUAUCUAUAUGAUGUGAUGUGGGCGCGAGGAGUUUGUAAAAAAGAGUUUUGUUAUUUGUUCAUAUAUAUUUCUUUGUUUCGUGUCGUUUCGAGAGCAUAGCUGCUUUUUCCAAUCAUUCAAAUUAUGGAGCUUCUUCUCUUCUUGGUUGAAAUGGAUCGAGGGAUUGGUUUUGCGUGGUGAAAAUUAAAUAUAUGUGUUUGUGUGUGUAUGCAGUAUAUGUGCCGACCGAGAGUGUGAUUCUAUCAAGCUUGUGUGCACUUGUUAUGAUUAUCAAUAUUACAACAACAACAACAACAAAAAUACAAAAUCUGAAAUCUAGGAUGAAAUGUAAGGAAUUGGUAUGCCAACAGACAGAGAGACAGGCUAAUGCGAAAUUACUUAAUGGAAAUGCAGAAGCGGAGAGGAUCGGAAAAAAUAGUAACAAUUGCCAAGUACACAAUGGUUUCCAUGAUUGAUGAAUGUUUUCUUUUUUUCUGUGUAAUGUAACGUUAUUUCAUAGGUUUAACCUAUCAAUUUAAUCGAUGCCUUCGGGAAAGAAGGUUUUUAAGCUACCAACACCACCACCACACAACAACAACCACAUCUAAUCAACACUAACCUGUAAGCAUAGAUACAAUGAGGGAAUUAAUUAGUAAGCUUAAUCACGAGAAGAAAAACAUGAUUAAUAUACACCACAAAAACACAAGAAGCAGCACUGUUGCAGAAGUCAACAAACAGCAUUUUAAAGUGGCUAAUAAUGAAGCACUAUCGGAAUAGAGCGCAAUUAUGGGAAUAAUAAGCGAAGUCCAAUGGGCAAAUGACAACCGUGUAUUGGCUGUUUCCAUAUUUGAUGAACGUGAACGAGUUUUUUUUUUCUACACAACGGUUAUACAACAGUAUGCGCUUUUUUUGCGCAUCAAAUCCCGGUAUUGAUCACUGUUUCUGUAGACUUGAUCGAUUAGUUAAGGAAAAACAGAGUCGGAAGACAUACAUAAACGUUCAUCGCACGCGGGAGCAAGCAAACAACGGAUGAAAACAGCAACCGGUAACAAUUAACUACUAUUUAAAUAAAUGCUUAAUCGUAAUUCAUAAUUAUUAUAUUGGCAAAACGAAUUAGCAAAAAAAAACCAAGGCAUGAUUGAGAAUAAAGCGGAAAAGUAAACAUUCGAGAAGCAUC